CUCCGCAUUUCCAUCCUGUCGUGGGAUCCCAGCCACCGCCGCUAGAAGAAGAGCUCGGCGAUUCCCAGGUCCCGCGAGAAGAUGCCGAAGCAGAUCUAUGAGAUUAAGGACUUCCUCCUCACCGCGAGGAGGAAGGAUGCCCGCUCAGUGAAGAUCAAGAGGAGCAAGGAUGUUGUCAAGUUCAAGGUGCGCUGCUCCAAGUACUUGUACACGCUCUGCGUCUUCGAUGCUGAGAAGGCAAACAAGUUGAAGCAAUCUCUUCCCCCAGGUUUGACCGUCGAGGAGGUCUGAUUGGAUACAUGGCAACGCCGGGUUGAACUACCCAAGCUUCUUUAUCAGUAGCAGAGCAUGCUACUCAUGUACUUUUGGAACCUAAGCUAUUAGACCUGUCAGUGUUGGAUGUGUGGAUCUUGCAUUUUUGUGGAGAAAUACCAAUUUACCUCGUUCAAGGAUGCACCUUUCAGUAUAUUUCUUGUUUAACUGCACAUUACUUUAUAUUUAUGCCUGUUUCAUA